AUGAAGACUGCCGUCAUUACGACCAUUGUUGUCAGCCUGGCGUCUGCCGUGGUGGCAGCACCGACAUCGCCGAUGCAACCGCGCGAGGAGCAAGCCGCUGAAGGCCUCUUUGGCACAGGAGCCAACCUCGUCACCGGCGUCGUUGGCGGCGCUGCUUGCAUAGUCGACGGGUUCUUGGGGAGCCUGCACCUUUUUGGACCACCCGACCCAAAGUGCAGUGGCCAAGGCCAAGCCGUCGCGCCGCCUUCGAAAGGCGACAAAGGCGACAGUAAUGGAAGCCAGAGCUCGUCAGCUCAGUACAACUACACUUACAAUACCAACCAAGACGGCACUCUGAAGAUCGACAUCACUCUGGCGAGUGGCGCAACUUGCACCUCCAACGAGGAUCCCAAGGGGAAAGAACUCAAGGACAUUAUUCAGGAUGCCGCAACGAAGUGUCGCAACAAAAACUAG